UCCUGUUGCAGUAGCUGUUUUUUGCUCAUUCUGUAUUUAUUAUAACUUCUAUCUUUUUUUUAAGCCAAUCAAUUCGACAUAUCAUGUUAAAAUGUCAUUGUGUUUUUGAGGGGGAUUAUAAUAAAUGUUGAAACACAUUUGCACCAAAAAAAAGUCAUUUUCUAAUGUUUUGUUCUCUGUUGAACUUUCCCAUGUAUCUUUCCUGUCCCAGCAAACCUCUUCACAACCAUUUAAUUUCUCCUCAUUGACUAAUUAACAAUCCCACCGCCUUGGGUUUCCUCACAAAACAAUAUAAACAUUCACUCUUUUCUGGGGCACAGCCAGGGUUCAUGCUGGCAUAAAACGGAGCAAAAACAAGUCUGCAUAGUUUCCAGCACAAUUUGAUGCAGAGCAGAGAGAACCGGCCCAGGGGCCCAUUUCAGCCUCAAGAGGGGACACAUUUAACAAAAUUCUUCUCGUCUCCAGAGGCCGACUCUGCAGCUGUGGCCAGCAGCACAGGCAGCGUUACGGAUCCUCAGGGUCCGCUGAAGAGGAUCUUCAUGAAAGAGGCAGACGCUGCAAACUUCUUCAGGAGGCGCAGCAGACGGGCUGUGAAGUCUCAGGAUGAGCUUGACGCUGAGCAGAGGCAGGUUAUAGCUGCUGAUGAGCGGAAGAGAGAAUUUCAUGAGGAGAAGAGGAACGAGUUUGAGAGCUACGCCGAGGAGGAUAACGACGAGGUAAACGAGAGAAGCAGAGAGAGUACGGAACAGUGGAGAGAGUUCCAGUACGACGGCGUGCAUCCACCCCACGAGGACAACCGCCACUCCAACUGACACCCCGGAGCACAGAUGCAGGGAGACGGGACAGAACUCAAGAUGCAAAAGUAGAUAUUUAAGCAAAUAUAUACAACGUUUUUCCAUUUUAAGCCUGUAAAAAAAUUAAACAGACUUCCUAAUAUCAUAGAUUAACCAAAUUUGUGACAAAUACAUAAGCAUUUGUUAUAAGUAUCAGGGAUAAAUGACAGCACGGCAUGGUUUAAUUCUCACUUUUAAACGGGAAGAUCACAAUCACUUUAAAAUGUUUUAUAUUUUUAAAUAUGAGCUAAGUUACAUUUAUAAGGAACCCAAAAAAGUAAAAAAAAAAAAAAAGCAUAAACUUAAACACUUUUUUUAAUAAACUUAAAACUAAAUCUUUUAUUUUAUCUUUUUCAUUUUAGAUAGUUGGUAUCAGAAUGAAACUAAAAAAUAAAUAAAGUAACCAGUAACUUCUGAUGUGUUUUUCCAUUUAUCCUUAUACACACCAGCUUAAUUCCCUGUGAUUUUCUUGAAAUUCUUCUUGUGAAGAAUCCUGUUUAUUACUAAUUGAAAAUCAUUUAAAAAAAAUCAGCAGUUUGGUUAGACCAUUUAUCAUAUAUAUAAAUAUAUAAUAUAAUGCAUUAAAUAAUAUACCAUGAUGAAAUAGUUCUAUAACCUCACCUCCACACAGUUUUCCUGAGAUUCACAAUCAUUUUUAGGGAUAGUUUAUGAUUGAUCGUUCUUCUACAAACUGUACACUGAACGGGUCCUAGUGAAGCCGCCCCAAACUAUGAUACUACCACCUAGUUUAACAGAUGGACAAGGUUUACAUGCCACAACAAAUUCAGUUUCAUUUUCAUUUCAAUCAAAUUCAAACUUUUAUUUUCAUUACAUAUAAGAGCAUCAGUGUGAAUCGCUUCGUAUAUAUUUACUGUACUGAUGUGUGCAAAGUGUAACUUGAUAUUUACUUUCAAUUAAAGCAAAAACAACCAUU